CAGGCUGCACGGAGACCGGAGCUACAGACUGUACAGCACGGCCUUUUUAUAUUUCGUAUGAGCACAAAGCCUUGAUUUGUGAACAUGUGGACGGCUAUAGGGAAACUGCUGCUUCUACAUAUGCUGGUAGUGGGGUUUCUGGUGGUGAAUGGAACUAAUCUGGACUGUGAAAGCGGUCAGUUUCAGUGUAGGAACGGCAGGUGUAUCCCGACUCCAUGGAGAUGUGAUGAUGAUGAUGACUGCUCGGACAACAGCGAUGAGGAGAACUGUCCAAAGAAGACCUGUGCCACAACUGACUUUGCAUGUAAGAAUGGCCAGUGUGUCCCCGGCCGAUGGAGGUGUGAUGGGGAACCAGAGUGUCCAGAUGGUUCGGAUGAAGCAGACUCUGCCUGCAGUCGCCAGACAUGUCCGCCAGAGAAGUUUGACUGCGGCGGCUCAACCAGCAAGUGUGUGUCUUUGUCAUGGCGCUGCGAUGGAGAAAGAGACUGUGAAAAUGGAGCAGACGAGGAGCAGUGUGCCGCAGAUGCCAAGGCUUGUCCUGCGAAAGAGUUCCAGUGUCGCAACCGUCUGUGUGUGGCUCCGACAUUCGUAUGUGAUGGUGAUGAUGACUGCGGGGACGGCAGUGAUGAGGAGAAGUGCACCGCCGCCACCGCCAGCACCUGUGGCCCGCAUGAGUUUCGCUGCAACGACUCCGAAUGCAUCCCCACCCCGUGGAGCUGCGACGGAGACCCCGACUGCAGAGACAAAUCUGACGAGUCGCUGGAGCGAUGCAGCCGCAGGACAGAGCCUCAGAAACCACACUGCUCCAUGGGAGAGUUUCGCUGCCGGAGCGGAGAGUGCAUUCACCUCAACUGGAAAUGUGAUGGAGAUCCAGACUGCAAGGACAAGUCGGAUGAAGCCAACUGUCCUGUGUUGACCUGCCGUCCUGAUCAGUUCCAGUGUGGCGACGGCUCCUGCAUUCAUGGCACUAAACAGUGUAACAAAGUGCACGACUGUCCAGAUUUCAGCGACGAAGCCGGCUGCAUCAACAGAACCAACAAAUGUGAAGGGCCGCUGAAGUUCAUGUGUAAGAGUGGGGAGUGUAUCGAUAGCAGCAAAGUGUGUGACACUAUCAAGGACUGCAAAGACUGGUCUGAUGAGCCUGUGAAGGAGUGCGGACUGAAUGAAUGUGCCAUAAACAAUGGUGGCUGCUCUCACAUAUGUAAAGACCGGCAGAUCGGCUUCGAGUGUCAAUGCCCCUCAGGCUACAAGCUCCUGGACAAGAAGACUUGUGGAGACAUAGACGAAUGCGAGAACCCAGAGGCCUGCAGUCAAAUAUGUAUCAACCUCAAAGGCGACUACAAAUGCGAGUGUUACGAGGGCUACGAGAUGGACCCGGUUACCAAGACGUGUAAAGCAGUGGGUAAGAGCCCAUACCUCAUGUUUACUAACCGCCAUGAAAUCCGCCGCAUUGAUCUGGUGAAGAAGGACUACACACAAGUGGUGCCGACCCUGAAGAAUGCGGUGGCCCUGGAUGUGGAUGUUACCACCAACAAGAUGUACUGGUGUGACCUUUACCAUCGCAAGAUCUUCAGCGCAUACAUCAACAAAGCCAACAACUCAUCAGAGCAGAUCACACUCAUAGACACCGCACUACAUUCUCCAGAAGGCUUAGCGAUGGACUGGGUUCAUAAGAACAUCUACUGGACGGACUCUGGACACAAAACCAUCUCUGUCGCAAAUGUCGAUGGCAAGAAGAGGAAGGUGUUGAUUGACACUGAGCUCGGAGAACCACGUGCUAUUGCCGUAGACCCACAGCAAGGGUUCAUGUACUGGUCAGAUUGGGGAGCGCAGGCCAAGAUUGAGAAAGCCGGGAUGAACGGAGUGGAUCGGCAAAUUCUGGUUUCAGAGAGAAUCGAGUGGCCUAAUGGGAUUGCGCUUGAUCUGUCAAGCAGGCGACUCUACUGGGUGGAUUCAAAGCUGCAUCUGAUCUCCAGCGUGGACCUGAAUGGAGACAACCGAAGAAUUUUGCUGUCCUCCAUGGAUCAUCUGGGACAUCCCUUCGCCCUCACUCUUUUCGAGGACCGGGUUUACUGGACAGACCUGGAGGAUGAGGCCAUCUACAGUGUGAACCGGCUGACAGGAAAUGAUGUGGUGAUGCUGGCUCAACAUCUCAACAACCCGCUGGAUGUGGUGGUGUUUCAUGAGCUCCGGCAGCCUAAAGCUCCAGACACAUGCAACAUGGGGAAUUUGCCCAACGGAGGCUGUGAGUAUCUGUGCCUCAGAGCUCCUCAAAUCACAGAGCACUCGCCCAAAUACACCUGUGCCUGUCCUGACAGCAUGGAACUGGGCCCGGACAUGCGCCGCUGUGUGUCAGUGAAACCCAAAACAACAGCUGCUCCUGACGCAUCCACAGCUUCAGCAGCAGAACCCUCUACAACUGCGACUCCUACAACCUCCACUGCAGUUACAUCAACCAAUACACCUACAACCACCAGUACACUCUUUACAACUACAGCACCAAUUACAACCAGCAGCAGCACUAGCUACAGCACAUCCACCCACUCCAGCACGCAUCGCUCCACCAGCACACACUCCACAUCCACUUCAAGCACAGCAAGCUCUCAGCCCAGCACCACUGCACACUGGAAACAGCCCACCUCCACCGAGACCACCACAGAUCACAGGCACACAUCUACAACCAUCACACACGUCAACAGCAUACAAGGAGCCAAUGCCAACCUCUCUCAUCGCGCUGGAAGUGGAAAUGACCACUUCCUCCUUGGUAGCAAUAUAACUGUUGCAGUUCUGGGUAUCGUCAUUCCAAUAGUUCCUAUCCUUGCCACAGUGGUCAUCGGCCUGAUGUGUACCGGAGGUUACCUGGUGUGGCGCAACUGGAGGAGACGAAACACCAAGAGCAUGAACUUCGACAACCCAGUUUACCGCAAGACCACAGAGGACGACGAUGACGAAAUCCACAUCGGACGAAGCGAGCAGAUCGGACACGUCUACCCUCCACGCGUGGCGCUCAGUCCGGACGAUGAUGGAUUCCCCUGAGGGCAAGUCUCGCUCUCUCUCUCUCUCCUUCUCCAUCCCCGAAUCCAUCCGUCCUUUAGUCCUCCAUCUCUCCUUCCAUCGAGGAGAUUGCACCACACAGCAAGGUGCAGAGCCAAAAGGACACAAGAGCACACGCUCUCCACAGCCGAGAGCUACAAACUGGGUUUGUCUUCUUGUAGUGUUUUUUCAGCCCUCAGUCGGGCAGUAAUCACUAGUACUACUAGCAUCAUUCCUGCUCUGUGUCAGUAGAAGUAGACAACGCUGUUUAAUGAUGACUAACCCCAUAGCUCAUCAUGUCAGUAGUCGCUAACACUCAGUGGCUCUCCUGCUGCACUCGUGCCGUAGUUUUAUUUCAUUACAAUUAGUUUUAGUAUGAUUUGAGCUGACCUGUGGCCAUUUUGUGUGGGCAGAACUCAAAGAGAAUUGUGGGCUCUCCACCCAGUGCACAAAUAGGUGAAUAUUUGAUAUUGGAUAGAGGUGGGAAGAGGAUAACUGAUAUUUGCAGACAUCCAAAACACAAAUUCUGUGGCUAUUAUGCAUCUUGUUAACAAAUAAUAUCACCAAGUAAAUAAGUCUUAAUCCGCAAUUUCCUGUCCUCCUAAUACCUCGGAUGCCAAGACUCCAGUUCCUUCAUGUCUUCCAUAGUCACACAAUAUUUGGCCCUUCUGAAAGGUCUGCAGCCACUAUCUGGGGAUGAAUAGUUUCACCUCCCCAGCUUUGAUAGGCAAUAUAUAUUUCCAUAUUUAUUUAUUUCACCAGCACUGGGUCUUCCAUUUUUCUGAAGUUUCAAGGACCAACUAAAAAACAUCUUCCUGCUGAGGCACAUUUAUAUCCCCAAGUUAAGCUCAGGACAUUGUUUGUUUUUUUCUUAAAUAUUAUCAGUUAUCGCUACUAUCUGUGUGGUUUGUUAUCACAAACACACUAAUAGAUACGGUUGUCAGGGUUUGAUAAUGGCUAAAAUGCUGUUUGUUCAUAUCUACUGUCUAGAUCGCUUUCCUUCAGACACACACACACACACAUACAAAUACAAAUUUCUGCCCCUAAAGUACAUUCGACAUGCCUCUGGUAAAACUCUUUAGCAUUUAGCAUGCUGACAACAAGACACCGUCUGCCAUUUUGGGUGGCUUAAUGGUGUGAUAGAUUAGAGUCAUAGAUCAAAGCUUUGCUCUUCUGAACAGUCAUCUGUUCAACACUUGGCACAGGAAAUGAGGAGUGCCUGAAUAUAGGCCUCCUCUACAUAUCAACUAUCCAACUCUCCACACGUGAUGAAUGAGUGCUUGGCUAUUUCUGUCUCACUGUCAGUGGAAAACUUACUGACUAAAAAAUGUGAAAAAUAAAAAAAACAGGUAGAUCAAACCACAUUUACCUGCUGAUGAAAAUAGCCAGCUGCAUUUUAAAUAUAUUUUUAUUUAGGCUAGACUGCUUUGAUGGUUCAAGGAAGUUUGAUGGAUUUUGCAGUGAUUAUUGACAUUUUCCACUUCAAAGCCCCCCCCCCUUUAGCUCAAGAGAAUAUAAGCUUGUUGGGUCAUUCCCCUGCUUGAGAACCACUGACUGUGUGUGUUCACACUUGCUGUUGAUUGGUUUAGACAAAAAAAUGUCUUGGUUUGCUCACACAGUGCCAAAGCUAAAAUAAUAAUAAUCAAAUAAAAUAGGCUUUUGAUUAUGCAGAUUUUGUAACAGACCUUUUAGAACAUUCUGAACAAUGAUGUGUCCUCCUUUGUCACUCACACAAACAAAGAUUAACCAUAAAUGUCCAAUGCCUGUAUUGAAUUAAUGGCCAACGUGGUGACUCAAGUAUGCCUGAGCAUUAUAUAUUUUUAGGGUUAUAUCUUUUGACAUCUUGUCUUUUUUUUUUUUUCUCUCAUUUUGUUGUUUUUGGUUUUCAUAUUUGAGUCAAGUUGUUAGAGUUUGUUGAUCCAGCAGUCUUGGUCUGCUUGUUUGGUGCACACCAAAGUUCAGAUGGCAGUGUUCAAACAUUUUUAAAUGAGUCCUACUAGAAAAACAAUCACACCACCAUUUGUUUUAACAGAACCUAACCUGCCAAGUGUGAACACAUCUUAGGGUGUACUCACACUAGACUAUCUGAACCAUGCCCGAGCAUGUAUAAUUCCCAAACUACAGUUCAAUUGAGCACUCUGUACUGCACCUGGGUGCUAUUUGGUUGGCUGGCCCUGGACCUGUUAAAUAAGAUGCCAGUGUGCACUUCACUUGGGCUCAGGAGCAGUAUGCAUGUAGUGUGAUGUGAAACUGAAGACAUCACUUUUAAGGGACCUUUCCAUAUAGAUUUAUACCUCAUUUUUAACUUGUCAAUGAAUGGGAACUUUUUUAGUAUAUCAAAAUUGCAAACUCCUUUCUGCACUUCAGCUCUCAAAUCUCCUAAUAUGUGCUGCACAAUGAUACAAUUAUUGAAACUUUCUGAGCUACAAAAGCCGUGGAUCUGUUCAGCAAUAUAUUCGGCUGCGUGUCACUGCAUCCUAAACCAAUCAAAAAAAUAAUACACAAUAUAACUAAAGCAAUGUACUCCAUUGCACUGACUGAGAGUGUUCUCUUCCUGUUUUCCAUCGUAUUGAUGCGAGUGUGCUCAGGCUCAGAAAGAAAAGUACAAUAUGAGUGCAGGCCAGUAGGGAAGUGGAUACAAUCGCUCAGUUCAAGGCAAACGUCCCUAGUGUGAGUACAUCCUUAGAGAAAUAACCAAGGUCAUCUAAACCAGCUAAACUCCUUAGGCUGGAUUAAGAUUUUGUUUGGAGUGCGUGGCGAUGUCUGGUAGAUCAGGUGGUUUUUAAGAACUACUUGCCCUUUGCUGAAGAUUACGGAAAGGGACCUCUUGGUUUUCUUAGAAGGAAAUGAUUGGUUCUUGGCCACAUGUGGGUGGUCUUUCAUCUGGAGUUGUUCUUUGUUCCGGCCACCUUUGCUCCCCUCUGCUCUGAUGGAGCAUCGUGUGUGUGUCGCUUGUAAAACCUCCCUCCACAUUUUCAAAGAAUCCUCCAUUAAGUCACUGUUUGUUUUCCAUUAGGAAGAGAGACAGUGUGGGAGUUCCACUACUCUGGCUUUUGUCUUUGAAGAUUAAAGAAGCUGUGGUUUGCAGUUCAUUUCUGAAUAUGGUGGACUAGUUUGAGAUGUCUUUAUUGAAAGAGAUAACAGGCCUCUUGUCAUCAAUAUUAUACUUCAUUUGAUGACUGUAUUCAUCCUUAAUCAUGUCUCAUGUAGGUCUGUGUGUACAGUAUGGAAAGGAUCAACUGAUUUUCGAGAUUUUUUUUACAUGUAUUGCAGUUCUGUAAAUGUGAAACUAGUUUUUGAUUUGAGAAUCUCAGAUUAGCAAUACAGGGUAGACUGUUUCAUGUGUUUUUCAGACUAUCACAACAUAAACUGGUCUGAUCAUUAUCAAUAUGGCCUCAUCAGAGGCACCUUGUGAAAAAUAAAUCAGCCUAAUCUAGUUUGUUGGUUUUAUUGGGUCUUGUUUGCAAAAAAACACUUAAAAUGGUUUUAGGUCAAUGUUGGGCCAUUAUCAGCUGGUUUAGACUUAAAGGCAAUCUUGCUGACAAGAGUUUUAUAAGGAUUUGUGCACUUUUUAGUUGUUCUGACUGGGGGACAAGCAUAAAAACAAUCCUGACCAGGCUAGAAGACCAUUUACAACCAGUAAAAACAAUAAUCUAAUCUGGUUUAAGAAGAAUUUAGGCCACCUGUCAGUUGGAUUUACUGGAUAUCAAGACUAAAAGACCAGCUAAAACCAGCAAAUGAAUUUAGGCUGUUUGAAUAAUUUUUCAUUUUUUCGAAGGGGCAUCACACGUGUUUCUUUUUCCAGAGCCCGACCUCAUCAUUGUUAUCAGGUGCUGCUUUAGAGUUAGCUCAGAAGAUGUUUUUAUAGGAAGACUUUGUUACAUUGAGCUCUCUAGCUGUCAAGGUUUGUACAAACUAAACUCUCGUGUUAUAAUUUACAAGACUCACGUCUCACUUAAUAACUCAUGCACAGCGUGGUCACAGAAAGUUCUAGAAGAAGCUUAGAAUUCUCUCUCUCUCUGUAGAUAACGUCGUGACCGUUGUCCAUCAUUCUUACUCUAUGCAUAUGUAACGGCGAGUCCUGCCUUCCUAUAGCACUGCAGGGACUCGCCACGCUGCUCCUUCACCCCACUCCACUGUGACUAACAUCUGUCCUUACAAACAUGUCCAUAACUCCAUAACACUUAACUGUCUACCUGUCAUCCCCAUAAGCCCAACAAGUAGGACAUUGAUUUUGAAAGGGCUACCAUACAUAUACAAUGGACGAUACGCUGGAACCAUGCUCUGUAGUUUGGUGGACUUUUUAUGGACGAAUCGGGUCCUCCACACCCAUGGUAACAUUCCCGUCUGUCCUCUUGGUGACCGGUGGAAAACGAUGACCUCUAUUUUGGUUCCCCCUUUUGAGAUCAUGUUGACAUGAUGUAUAUUACUUGAAGAACUGUUCAUAUUUUGUCUGAUUUGUAAGUGUUGAUUCUGGGGAGGGGGGAGAAGGAGGGUCUGUCAUUUGAGGAAACGCGUGUCCCGGUCAUUCCGUAGUUGUUUGGAGACAUUUUGUACGCUGUUUGUUGCACAAACUUUUUUCAAGAAGCCUUCUGCACUGUGUAAAUGAUUACAUAGGAUGGGGGAAGAGCGACCGUUGCAGUCAAAUGAGUCUGAAUCAUGAUUUGUAAAUAUGUUUUCAUACAGCGAAACUUUUGAUAAGGUUUUAAACAUUUCUUGUAAAAAGAAGAUGUGUAUAUUAGUCUCCCAGACGAAAAAGAGUGUAGACCAUACAUGGAUUUAUUUGUACUCAAGAGCACUGGAUUUCUUUACUACUUGAUUGUAACAAAAAAUUAAUACUCUGCCAAAGUAUUUUGAUUUGAUUUGUUUGCUAUUAAUGUUUAUUUUGGCUUUUUAACCGUAAAUGUCGCAGAAAUAGUGUUUAAUUUGUAUAUGUACAUUUAUUUAAUAGAUCGAUUAAAUUGUAAUUCUAUUUAAUAGGCUUCGCUCCAUGUUGAAAGAGAGGGUUACAGUUUAAUUUAUUGGUGCCUUGUUUGUGUUUAUGUAUUUUUUCCAAUAAUGUUACAUUUUGUUUGCUUUUCUUGUGUCUGUCAGUGGGUGGUGGGGAUAGGGAUUGGGUUUUAACGUUAGCAAAACUGUACUUACAUGGAAUAUCUGUACUGUAUGCCAAAAUGGUCUCACUCACGUUUCUAUGAAAUUCAAGUUGUUGAUAAAUAUCUAUAUAUUGAUAUAUUAAAUUGUUAAAAAUC